UCAAGUGGGACAGACACACAGUCAGGGGGAUGGAUGCAAAACUCGUGGGUUUUGAUUGAGCAGACUUGACUUUUCUCUCUCUCCCUGGUGGGACUGCCGACUCUCAAACCAUGAUCAUGUUGCAGAGAUGCAUCUUCAAGAAAUUCAUCCAAGCAGUCCAUUCAAGGCACCAGGACACCACCAAAGGACUGCUGUCUGUCUUUCCUACCAGCCUGCUGAAUGGACCCACAGCUGCUGGACAGAGGAAUACGUCCAGUGCACCAGAUCUGACGGAGCAGACUCUCAUUGCUGUGAAGCCUGAUGGAGUGCAGCGUCGUCUCGUCGGGAAAAUCAUCCAGCGGUUUGAGCAGCGUGGUUUCAAGCUGGUUGGUCUGAAAAUGAUGCGGGUGUCUGAUGACCUCCUGGCUCAGCAUUACUGUGAACUCAGGGCGAAACCCUUCUACCCCAGUGUGCUGCAGUAUAUGACCUCAGGACCUGUGGUCGUCAUGGUGUGGGAAGGUCACAAUGUGGUCCAGACUUCACGUUCCAUGGUGGGACUCACUAACCCAGUCGACGCCAGCCCAGGCACAGUCAGGGGAGAUUAUGGAACGCAUGUCAGCAGGAAUGUGGUACAUGCCAGUGAUUCCCUGGAAGGAGCUCAGAGGGAGAUCAAGCUGUGGUUUCAGGGAGAGGAUCUCGUGACCUGGGAGUGUUGUGACCGGACCAGCCUCUGUGAACCAUGAGGACUGAGUUAAAUAAAGUGAGAAUCAGUAAGUUCCUUCCUGCUGUUCUUCCUCUCUUCUAACGGUUUGACUACAAUCAACCAAAAACACUGAACCAAGUAUUGAUUCAAAAGUAAAGAUUUACAUAAAUCACCACGUCUUGGACCAUAAUCUGUAAAAUAGCAGUUUAUAUUAAACAUUAUGAGUUUAUGUUAGUGGUAAUCCCAAAUGUUAUAAAAAAAAAAGUUUCAAAAAUAAUGAUGACAUCAUCAACUGUCAACUGAAGGUUUAUUUUUGGUUUGUUCCCAGCUGUUGUACAAGUGCAACUGAAAUGAAACAUUCCAUAGAUGUGUAAAUAGACGAGUCAUGUGACCUGUCAUGUCAGGUGCCUUUAAAACUGGAACAAAAGUUUUUCUCAGGAAGUCAAUUAAAACCAUAAAUAUUAAUGAUAAUAAAACUAAAAGAAAAAGGAACGAUAACAUGGGGGAAAAAGAAUGCUAUUAUUAUUGCUAUUUAACUAAUGGUAUCAAACAGGGUUGUCUCUAUGCAUCAAAGAUUUUUUUUAAAUGAUACUUGAAUUUCUUCAUUUAUACAUUCAUAGCUUUGAUAUUCUUCUUGAAUACAUUACUUUAUUCUAUUUGUGUACAGAAAGUGGAAUAUUAUAUAUGUGUGAAAGGGCAAAUGUCAAGAAAUGUUAAGAUAUAAACAGUGGCUUGAUUCAUAUUAAAUUCUUUCUGUUUACAGUGUAAACAUUACACUUGAACUGACACGGGUUUCAUGACUUGUUCAUCACAGUGAUAAUAACGUCUUGAGCCGUCACUCUCACGUUACGCGUGAUAUGAAUAAAAAUAAUUAUUUGAAGUA